AUGGUGAACAGCCAAGGGGUCAUGCCAAAUGGCCCUCCCAAUGGCGGCUACAUGCAGCCUCAGACGGAGCAGCGCCCCAUGGCGCGACCUUUCACCCUCCCGGAGGCGUUGCCAUUCUCGCCACAAACCUCUGUCAUCCCGUUUACCUCUGAUCUCAUCCCAGAUCCGACCAUUGGUUCCGGGUCGCUAGCAGCUAGUGUAUCGCACCUCUUCAACAGCCAGGAGUUCGACAACCUCAACAAAGAGGCGACCGGACCGAACCAGAAUCAUGGGUUGAAACACCUGAAAUAUGCCGUUGACCAUGUGCUCCACGACCUGAAGCCGAAUCAACGGACUUACUACAAGUUCAAGUCCGUACCGAAGCCGAACCUUAACUCGAAUGCGAGCCCAACAGGUGGCUAUCAGAGCUUGAGUGCAGGCUUGUCUCCCGUGGCCAAGAUGAUGUUCGACAGAGCCCCGACUUUCAUCAAACCGCCUCCGGGGGCCGCUGGUCUUGCACCUCCGAACGGACAGGCGGCGCCUGCUCAACCGUCGCAGCAGCCUCCGUCAACACCAAAGAGCUCUGCAUCAUAUCCGAGACUUUCAUCGAUGCACCCAGACCCGCAUCAAAGGAACAAUUUCAAGUUUGAGGUCGCGAUCCCUUCUAAGAAAUUCGAUCCGAGCGCCUACGUAGAAGUUCCUGAGCAUUCAGCACCACCACAACCUGUUCGCAAGUCGUCAAAAGAGAAGGAAGUCGCGACUCCAGCCCAGGCUCCUUCCGCGCAGCGAACACCCACACCCACGCAACCUCAAAAACCUGUGAAGCUUGAGUCGGCCCAGCAAACUCCUCAGCCCGCACCUGCGCAACUUCCUGCCCAACCAGAGCAACCCGCUCAACCCACUCCUUCCCAACCUAUCGCCAUUCAACCUGCGCCCCCUCAACUAGCUCCUGCGUUGGCACCAAAGCAACCCACACCGCCCGGUGCGUCACGAACCCCCGGCGGCGGCGCAUUCACAAUCGAGCUUCCCCAUGCGCCCGGUUUUAACAAGGACGAGUACCUUGAGAUGGCUGUCCCGGACUCACCAGAUGAGCCGACUGGCUUAUCCAUGCGCAAACAAGACGGCGCAUACCAAAAUCGACAAGAUGAGAUCAACACAAAUCUUAACCAACGACAGCGAGCCGAAGCCGCCCUGCAAGAUUUUGAGCGUCUGACCAAGACUGUCUUCGAGGCCAUUAGAAAUGUUCUUGGAAGCGAGCCUGGUUAUGAGCAGAUUGCGACCUUGAGCAGCGACAGCGUCCCCAUCCUCACGGCUUCGACCCAGCAAAAGCUUCAGACCUCGAUUCAAAAGCUCAUCGACCUCGGAAGCUACAAAGACGCAUCCAUCGAUGACCUCCAAAUGACCCAGAAAUUGAGCGAACCAGGGCUGUCGCAUGUGCUCAACCUCGACUUCAAGGUUGACGAGUCCUGGGGUGAGUCGGAAGUCACGGGCUUUUUGAACCAGCUGCCAGACAUUGAGAUGGGGCUCAAGACUGCUCGUACAUGUCUGCGCAUCAUGUGUGGCGGCAGGGAAGAGAAGCAGAUCUACUCCGAAGAGAUUAUUCAGAAGUCGAUCGAUGUUUUCAAGAGUGUCGUCGAGGGCAUCGUCACUCCUGUAGUUGAGAUGCGCGGUUCCGGCUCGACAUCUGCCCUCUUCAAGCUCUUGCAACCAUACAAGAAGGCGAUCGGGCCUGUUUUGACAAACUGCCAGAAGCUGUUUGCUCUACUCGCCAAACUCGUCACAUGUAUCGAGCUUUCCGACACGGCUCUCGGCACCUUGGAGUUCGCCGCCUCAAGCCUCCUUUUCGUCGACAACGCCUACUUGGAGAAGGACUCUGUUGUCGGAGUACAAAAGUUCGAUGGUAUUCGCCUCGUCGCUAUGGAAAUGCUAUGUCAGAUCUUCCUCGCCAAACCCGAUCAGCGCCGUGGCAUUUUCGACGACAUUCUGACCUCGCUGGAGAAACUUCCCGUCGGCAAGCAGAGCGCCCGUCAGUUCCGCCUGUCAAAUGGCAGCAGUAUUCAACCUGUAUCAGCUCUCAUCAUGCGUCUUGUGCAAGCAAGCUCUGGCAAGGUGGAAGAGAAGGGCACGCGAAGCCGGGCGAUGAUGGAAGAAGACGACGAGGAUGAGGAGAUGCCCCUUGCUGGAAAACCUAAUGUGGUGGCUACUGUGAAGUCCGAAGAAUCAGGCGCCUCCCAACACGAGCUUGCCCUCGAGGAACUCAAGGCCGUGACGCUUCCAUUGACUGAGGGCGCCACGCAUAACGCUAACUACGUUGUCAACUUCAUGGUCAACCGUGCUCUGAAGUCUACCAAGUCAGGCGAUACUCCUUACCGCAACCUGCUAGACCUGUUCGUCGAGGACUUUACGGAAUGUCUCGACUCGCCGGACUGGCCCUCUGCGGAACUCAUCUUGCGUCAGCUGACAUUUUACAUGAUGAAGCUGUGGGAUGGAGAAAGGACCGCGGCACCCGCCAAGAACAUGGCUCUCGAGUUGCUUGGUGUAAUGAGCGCUGCCAUUUCCAAGCUACGGUCGCACGUUCGCCGAACAGCCAACUCAACCGACGGCACCGAUUCAAAUGAGCUGUCGCGAUAUCUGUCGGAACUGGCGACAUCGGCUUUGGAGCAGAAGUCUCGUAUCGAGCACGAAAUAUCCUGGUCAGGACCCUACCGAGCCACUCUUGAGCAUCUUCAACAGCGACGAAGCGACGAUCCUCACUUGCAAGGCGCUAUCUCAUUCAUGAUUGCAGACUGGGCGUACAGAAUAUUUUCCGGAUACGACGCGAUGCAAGAGACUUACGAUUCCCUCGAGCAAGAAUUCGGCCGGCUCGCUUUCCGCCUGCGUAUGAUGAUCGAAGACCGCCGAUGGCUUUCCAACGAGUACACUUUCAAGGACGUUAGCAACAAUCACGCCAAGCUCUCAUACGCCAUCAUUUUGCUCCGUUCGCCAUUUUGCGAACAUUUCCAGGCUAUGCUCAACGUGCUCCUGAAAGCCAUGGCCAGUGACCAGGCCACUGUACGAAGCAAGAGUCUCAAGAGUAUCAAUCAGCUUCUGGAAACCGACCCAGCUAUCCUCGAUGGAGACUCCGUGGUCGUUCAGCUAAUCAUCAACUGCUCAAGCGAUUCGUCCCCACAGGUGCGCGAUUCUGCCAUUGGUCUCAUGGGCAAGUGUAUUGCACUGCGUCCUAGAUUGGAGGACAAGAUGGCGGAGAGAAUAAUUGAAAGAUUCAUCGACUCCGGCAUUGGUGUGCGUAAGAGAGCCAUGAAGCUGGCAAAGGAUAUCUACCUCCGCAACCAAAGUAGAGAAAUCCGCAGUGCCAUCGCCAACGGCUUGCUCCACCGUGUACAAGAUCCGGACGAGGGAGUACGAGAACUAGCUCGCCAGAUGAUCGAAGAAGUCUGGUUUGCUCCGUUCUAUCAGGUCGACGACACAGCGGCGUACAAGACAUCACUCACAGACCAUGUCGCUCUCAUGAUCCAGACUGUCAAAUCUGGUAACGUGGGCGCCGUCCUGGACAAGGUACUUCAGUCUAUCCUCGGUGGCCAGAACAAAGCCAGCUCAGGACCUUUCAGUGUCAGCAUGAAGUUGGUUGAGAAGAUGUUUGAGCUCAUCGACAAUCUUGACUCGGAGGAUCCUACAAUUCCAUCAGGAAGAGACGCGCUGCAAGUCCUUCAGAUCUUUGCCAAGGCCGAUGCAAAACUGUUUACUUUUGAGGAAAUUCGACUCCUCAAACCUCAUCUCGCCAGCUUAAGCGGCACCGAUGAUCUCACCGUCUUCAAGGCUGUGACGGUUAUUUACCGCCAAGUAUUGCCGCAAUUGUCCGCCAAGUACGCCGACUUCCUCCGCGAACUACGAGAGCAGCUUCAGAACUCCGUGGGCAGACUGGGAAAAGCCUUGCUUGACGAUGUCAUUGCCUGUUUGUGGAUCAUUGCAGAGCUCCUGGACAACCGUGACAAGCUGGCUCACUUGGGUGCCUCUAGUCUCCGUGGCGUCGCUAGUAUGCGCAAUACGGCGAUGGACGCCACGAAGCUACAGAAGUUUGCAAGAUACUCAAUCAUCGUGGGCAUGGUCGGCAAACAUUGCGAUCUAGACUCCGAGAUUGCCGUCUUCAAGAAAAUCUUCCCCAAAUACCCUGGCACUUCGGUCGCGAAACUCAUGGUCGACAAUCUUUCCCCCUGGGCGGAUGCUUCACAACCCAUGGAGGCAAGGAAGCAUGCUCUGGAUGCCAUUGGUCUCAUUUGCCAGGCGCACCCGCGGAACUAUGUCUCGCCAAACGUGUACACCAAGUUCCAGCAAGUGUUCGAAGCCAGGCUUCCGGCACUUGAGAGCGCGGUUCUUCGUUCUUUCAAGGAGUUUCUCCUGACUGAAGAAAGGCGAUCUGAAGCUGCUAGUGCAGCUGCCGCUGCCGGUCCGGAAGGGGACAAAAAGCGUGAGUUGACAGUCAUGGGCGGAACUAGCUUCGACGACGUGGCUAGCGCGACUACUCAGCGUUUCUUGAAGGAGAUUACUCGCAUCGCCCUCGCAUCCCAAGACGAGCACGCCUUCCUGGCUGUGGAGGUGCUGGGCAGCAUUAAUCGACAGGGUCUUGUGCAUCCUAAAGAGACGGGUGUCACCCUCAUCACCCUAGAAACCUCAUCUGUCCAAAGGAUUUCCGAGGUCGCCUUUAUGGAGCACCGAGCUCUCCACGAGAAGCACGAGACGGUAAUCGAGCGAGAAUAUGCCAAAGCGAUCCAGUCCGCGUACGAGUAUCAGCGGGAUAUUGCCCACGAUACCCGUGGCGCCACCGAGAACCCCUUUCAGUCAAAGCUUCAUCUUUUGAUGGAAGUGCUCAAGGUGAGCAAGUCCAAGAACCGUCAGAAGUUCCUGGAGAAGCUUGUUGGCCAAGUGGAUUUCGACCCGUCGAAGUUGGACGUAUCCAAGCCGUUGCCGCCCCACGUCGAGUUUGCGCGAUUCAUCAUCGAGAACCUGGCUUUCUUCGACUACGUUACGGUCGGCGAAGUCUUGGUAACUGUUACUACCAUGGAGAAGUUCUUCUCAUCGACUGGCUCUAGCAUGGCUCACGUCAUUGAGUCAGAAGUUUUCAACAUGCGCAUGGACUUGGACCAGCCAGCUGAGCCCCAAGCUGAUGGACAGCCCGUUCAGCGACCUCAGCCGACGAUUACUUCGAAGCGCCUGCGGCAGCUGACGUCUGGAUCUGUUCUUAUGCUGUGUCUCUGGGAAGCGAGAACCUACCUCCGACGUCUCUACGGCCUCAAGCGCGAGACGAAAGCCAAACCUACUGCAAAGGACCUAAGCAAAGCACCAACUAAGGUGCAAGCUGUCACUGGUGACAAGUUCUGGGAGGAGGUCACGGCGCACACAACCGCUUUGGCGUCUCAAGAGCAGACACUGGCCAUUGAAAAGUGCAAAGCGUUUGUCGAGCUAAUGAACGUCGACAAGGAGUUUAAGGUUGCAGAUGAGGAUGAGCUAGAUGGCGAGGGCGACGGCAGCGCUAGUGACGCCGAAGACGACGGGCCCGCUGCUGACGGCAGAGGCCGGAAGCGCAAGGCUGGCAACGCUGUUGGACGACCCAAGAAGCGCCAGCGUUCUACCUCACGCCCACGUGGACGUGGACGUCCCCGCAAGAAUCCGGUUGAAGCUGAGGAAGAUGCCGAGGCUGACUUCGACGACAUGGAUUUCGCGUAA